UGGCCACCCACUGCCAAGGGCAUUACUGUAAAUAUAAGCAAAGCUCUCAUCUCUCUCUCUCUAGAAAGCUAGAGAGAGAGAGAGAGAGAGAGAGAGAGAGAGAGAGAGGGCAAGAUAGAGGGGAGGGUGCGCAGGAAGCUGAUGAGGCUCCUGUCAUUCGUGCCCUGCGGCUGCCGUGCUGGACCCAUCGACGACGCGCCGCCCGCCGCGCUGCCGGGCGCCGGCGCCGGCGACGGAGGCGCCGCGGCCAGGAGGCGGCGGAGGAGGGCCAGGUCCCUCGGCGGCUCGCCGCAGUGGCGCCCCUCGCUCGGCGACAUCUACGAGGAGUACAGCACCGCCGCCGCCGCCGCCGACGCUGCCGCCGCCAAGGGCCGCGCCGGCCGCUCCGCCGCCGCCUGCAGAGCCGGCAGGCCCGCCGCCCGCGACGCCGCCAGGGUUCUUCCCCGCGCACACAGCGAUGAACACAGGCACAUCGAGAUGGCGGUGUCCAUGCCGGCGUUUGCGGCGCCGGCGGCGUUCCUCUUCUGAACGUGGCGGCGUCGGGCGGCGGCGGCCGGCGAUGAUGACGAAAAGUGGCAGGGCGAACUGGAAUAUCAAGCAUAUAUACAGAUUAUUAUUCUCUACUUAUUGCAGAACUAAGGAUUUAUACACAUGAAUUAAUCCAGGAAAUCAAAUAACAUUGUUCCGCUAGCUUAACUUGUAUAUAUAUAUGUACAUGUGAUGUGUAUUAUGUGUGUUGAUAGAUCGAUAUAUAUUUGUGUCUGUUCCGUUGUAAGUAGUAGCGUAAACAUGCAUGCGGCAUGCAUGCAUAUAUGAUAUUUGAGAAAUUUUACGGUACUUGAGUAGAUAUCAAAAUUUUAAUGUAAAAUU